AAUGAACUGCAAGGAUUUUCCAACUAUCUGGUUUCCCAUGUGCUCCUUUCCAGUUGUUAAUCUUGGAAACAAGCAUACCGUGAAUAUAUAUUGAAAAAAUUGUUUACAUACAUUGUUUACUAUAUUUAUCUUAAAAGCGAGGAAGCGUCAGAUAUUUAUCAUUUGUUACUAGUCAUGAUGAAAAAGCUCACUGCCGUCGACUUGACUAAACUCGUCAAAGAUUUCAUCCAAUUGGAGCAUAAAAUUACGGAGAUGAAAGGGGAAAAUAAUACUCUUGAAAUACAGCUGGACGAGACUAGCAGACUUCUAAAAAUCGCACAGAACAAGGAGAAACAGUUAAUUGAAGAGAGAGAUGGGCUUUUGGAAACUGUCAAAGGUCUACAACAAACCUUACAUCAACAGUGCGACCUCAGAGUUGAAAAUGAAAGGCUGAAAAAUGCAGCUCUUCAGAUGAAGAAAGAAAACGAAGAUCAAUUAAAGGAAAGCAAUACUUGGCUUCAGAGGAUGGCAGCUGAGAUGAAAGCUCUACAAGAUCAACACCAGAGGGAGUUAGAAGACUGGGAUAAAGAAACAGAAAGGAAACUGGAUGCUAAAGAUACUGAACUGAAAGUGGCUCAUGAGAGAAAUGAAUGUGCUUUGGAGGAGAUGAGAAGGCAGACGAGAGAGAAGGAGAAAGAAAUGCAAAGCCAAAUCAUUAAACUUCAAAUGGAGUUUGGUGCUAAGCUUGCAAGGGCCCAGAGCAUGUCCACAAAGAGUCAGCCGCAGACACAAGCAUCUGCUCCUCAUCCACAGAAUAUCUUUAAAAGAAAGCUCCAGUUCAUUCAGGAGGAGAAAAACAAAGAGAUUGAGGUUCUGCGUCAGAGGGUGAGAGAGCUGGAACAGCAGAGUCUUCAGGGAUUGAUGGACUCUCGUCUGAAGAGGAGGAAAAACUGAGACUUGUUUUGAUCUGACCGUUGAUACGUGAGGGCCUUCAUCCAACUCUUUGACAGUUGUAUUUAUUUUAAAACACAUUUCCCUCAGAAUAUGUUCUAAAUAUUUUUCAGUUACGUUCUGUUGUGUUCUUAAUUUCAAUAUACAUGUUUAUUGC